AACCAACCAAACCAAACAAACCUACCUAACCUUACCUAACCUAACCUAACCUUACCUAACUUCUCGGGAUAUUAAACAGAAAGAACUUACUUAUGAUAAAGGUGAAAUUUGGGGGAUGCUGGACAACUCAUACCCAAGCAACUCGUACCCAUCAGAACAUGUCAACUCGUACCCAAUUACGAGAGUUUGUACCAAUAUAUAUUCACACAUAUAUACAGAUAUACAGUAUAUAUAUUAUAUGUAUAUAGUUCCACAAUGAAAACGUGGACAAGGUUGAUUUUAAUGUAAAGGUACAGAUAACGGCUACAACCACAAGUUAUUUGUUGAUAUUCUUUAUUUUUGCCGUACUUAUUGUGUUGGUGAUUUUAAGUAUAUUAAAAGAAACGACAACUUUAUAUUAUGAUGUUUAGUAUUUUUUAUUUGUUUAUUUACUGAACUCUAUCCCGCUUCACAAUUCUCCUCCCGGCGCCAUUUUUGUUGUUUACCUCACUGAAUCCCUCUUCAAGAGUCGUUUCCUAUAAGUGAUGGUGAACUCUUCCACGAAUUCAUCCUUGCCUUUGUUGAUGUAUAUCAACCUCAAUAUUAAGACAGUACAAAAUGUAUGAGGUGGAGAAGCUGGCAUGGAAAUGGGACCCAUCGCCUGCAUAUGACUACCUCAACUUUAUUCAUAUGGACAGUUUCCAGGAAAUAUUAGCAUUUGGUGGAAGAACUGACCAGGAAUCAAUGGUGGUUGUUAAGGGUAAUCAACCUCUCCUGCAAAAUAAGUAUCACUGCUGGACGAUCUACAUAGAGCAUAUAUGGAAUGCUGAAGUGAUGGUGGGAGUAGCAACAGAAAUUGCAGAUUUUACUGAAAGCUGGAAUCCCAAAUGCCGAAUAGGUUUAGAUGAAAACUCCUGGGCUCUUUCCUGUGGAGGAUCAUUGUGCCACAAUAACGUUGCCAUUGUCCAUGAAGAUUAUCGCCUCUUUCCAAAAAACUUUGUGACAGUCCACCUUGAUCUCAUCCAGGGAACACUUAUGUUUGCUCUCAACAACAAAAUCAUUGGAUUUCAGUAUACAAAUCUAUCACGUGAUACCAGUUUUUAUCCUGUGGUGGGUGUGGCUCGACAGUGUGCACUGAGGCUUGUAUCUGCGCAUGUAUCUGAGCCUUCACUUCAGUUACUAUCUCUUGUGUCCUAUAUCAUUGGUCGUUGCAAAGUUCGAUCUGUCCACUCAGGAAGAACUAUGGCCAAAAAACCUAAGGAUUCUUCUUUACAGUGGUGUGGCAUGGUGCCUAUGGAUUUGUCACAGCUUCCACCUGGACUAAUGAAAGACUGUACAUUGCGCUACCCUUGGUUUUCUGAAGAUCACAGGAAAACACCUUAUACUCGCAUUCAAUCACAGCAGAGACAACAUAGAAAUAAAUUCCAAGUGCCAAAAGUUAUUCGACUUGCAAACCCUUUUGAAAAAUCAAAGUUAGUGGUAUCUCCCAGACGUGUUACUAGAAAUCGCAAGUGCCAUUGUGACAAUAGUAAUCCAGACAGAAUUUGCUCCCAUGAAAAAGUUCUCAGAUUUUUCAGAAAGAGGGAUAUAUGUUAUUUAAGUAGCAGCGAUGAUGAAAUAUUUCCUCAAAUCUCUAAGAAGAAAAGGAAGAGACUAAGGAGAUGACACCUGAGCUGUAUACUGGAGUUUAUUUGCUCCUUUUUGUAAUUUCCAACUAUGUAUGUUGCUUAUAAGAUUUUCAAUUUACAGUAUUUUUCAACGGGUACAGUCAAAGAAAAAAGUUGCAUUAUACUCAACAUGCCUCAUGUUCUGAAACCCAUGAUGAUGAAUUUUGGUAAGGUUCCCCAAUCAGUCUUGAACCUCGAAGUUUUGCUGUCACUUUACCCAAAUUCUUUGUUGUGGGUUUUGGAACAUAACACUAGGGGGGUGUAACACAACUCUUUUGUUUUUGUUUAACCAUUUUAUAUUUUUCCCAUUUUUAUAAACUGAUAAAGGUUUAAGGUGUCAUUGAUGAAAGAUAAUAAGGAUAUUUUACUUUUCUUCCAUUCAAUUGUAAUUCCUGCACAUGAAAUUUCACUUCUUAUAGGAAAAAGGAGUAAUGUCCCUGGGCCUUCAAGACUUAUCACUUUCCCCCCAAAAAUUUAACUUUAUGAAAAAAUAAACACUGAAUUGGUAGAUGAGCAUUAUUGAACUUCACAUAUUACUGUACUGUACCAUACAUAUUAAACUCAAUUCCAUGAAUAGCAAUCAUACAGUAAGUCUUCUAUUUAUUAUAAUUUCCUACAGCCUUGUCAACAUGUUAGGUAACAUAAUUUUAUUUAAAGAAAACAGUGUACAGAUAUGCGAACUGCUUUGGGCAGCGUUUAUACAGUAGGUACAACUUGCGUGUCGUUUCACCACAACUGCUACUGCUAGCCUCACUCCGUCACCGUAACUCAACACGUAUCAUUCUGCCACAUACCCUAGCAUUACUGCAUUACUUUUGACAUUAACCCCAUAUUGGUUAAGACCCAGUUGUUUCUUUCACAUUUAUUCUGAGUUUUUCCUUUCACAUUUAUUCUGAGUUUUUCCUUGUUAAACUGUAGUAUUUCUUGGUUUUGGUUUGAACUAUGUGAAGCAUUAAGAGAAAUUAUAUUUAUUAAGUUCAAACAAAUCAAGGUUUUACUGUACAAGUACUACCCUAUGUAAUCUUAGUUUGUACUGAGAAGCAACAUAAAAUUCUUAGA